CAUUGUCCAAAUCCAUUCAGUAUCGUACGUGAAUUGCUGCGAACAAGAAGAAUUGUAGUUAAAUGUACGAGCGAUUUCAAGGUUUUUAAGUACCUAUCUUGCCUGAUUGGCACAAAAAAUACUCUCAAAUCACAAACCAGUCACUGUUUGAACGAGAAAAGAUAAACUUCCCCAAAAAUGAUGCACAUGUCCUUUUGGUGGGGUUACGACCUCGGAGACUUUUUCUUCAAAGGUCUCGUGAUCGACACGUCGGGCAAGAUGAUCGCUCUGUGUGCCGUUCUCAUGAUCCUGUCGAUCCUCUUCGAAGCCAUGAAAGUCCACAAUGCUCAACAAAAGGCGAAAGCGGCGCGAGAACUUCAAACGCGAGCCACACAAGAUGCCAGCAGCGAUAGUCCCUUACUGAGCAUGGAGCCGGUCAGCAGCAGGGGAUCUCGUGCAUGCAUUAGCAAAGCAAUGAAAGGCUUGAAAGAAGGAAUUUUCUUUUUGUUCCAAAAUGGCCUUGGAUACGCGUUGAUGUUGUCUGUGAUGUUGUACAAUGGAUUUUUGUUUAUUGCUGUCGUUGGAGGAAUGACAAUUGGCUAUCUCCUGUUUGGUCAUAUCUCGAUGAAAAUCAACAUGGAAAAUGUGCGUGCAGUUCAGUCGAAAGUUGUUUGCAGUUCAAGGAGUCCCGAUGGAGCAAGUCUUUCAUCAACCUUACCCAGUGUUUCAGAACAGCCAUUGAGAUACGGAGAAGGAACAUCUCGUAACACGUAAAAAAAAAAAAAAAAAAUUUAGUGUCGACCACUAAAAAAAGGCAAUUUUGUGAAUUCUAAAUAUAAAAAUUUUUAAAUAAUUUACCACGAAAAUAAUUUUUAAGUUUAAUUUUUAAGAUUUAUUACAAAAAAUUUUUAAACAUUAUUUUUUUAUUUUAUACCAACCAG